AUGCCGAAGAAGUACCGCAAAAUGAUGAAAGGCUCGGGUCCCGACUGGGACCCGUACUUUGAGGCCAUGACAAGCACCAGUCGCGUGUUCGGUGCUCGCUAUGAGUGCAUGAUGCCCUUUGGGCUCAUCGACUACGUCACCAAGAGGGAGGCAUACGACUUUGGCAUCAACUGGGAUGGCCUCAUAGUUGAGCACGGCGGCCCCCCGGACGGCACCCCCAGGGCCCACUUCCACAAUGAGGGGUAUGAGGAACAGUGGUUCUUCACCCUUCCAAAGAAGGAGUUGUGGGACGGGCUGCCGACCCCCCAAGAGGCCGCCGCAAUGCCUUUUGUCGAGCGUACCCAGCUGCCAGUUGAGGACGGGGUGUACGUGGUGGCUCGCCAUGCUAACGAGAGGCAUGCCAGCUUGGAUAUUGCCCGCCACACUCCAUUCAAGCAGGAUUUGCGCAACCGUGGUGUGCGCAAGAGCUCAGAGCUCAGUGAGCCUGAGGAGGAGGGUGCUUGA